AUUUAUUAUGUAACAAACAAAUAAUACUCAUUUACUUAUUCUAUUCAGCUUAACAAGAAAAGCGUGUCAAAUUUAUUGGUAAAUAAAAUUUCAUCUUCUGUGUUUUCUGUAGACUGAUAAGUCUCAAUAUCUACAAGAAAAUAUGCAUUUCUUGGCGAUUUCCCAGGCUCGUGAUCAUUUACUUGAAGUGCACUGAACUAACCUUAUCAAUCUGGUCGAUACGUCCAUGAAAGAACGAAUUCCAUCCGGCAUAACACAAAUCAGAAUAUCAUAAAGUGACCAAUUGUGCUUUCUAAUCGACAUUAAUAUGUAUUCAGUAAGAUUGGAUAAGUAAUUAUUGCUGCCAUUUUAAAUUCGAUUUUGUGAUGCUUCCCCUAAUUUGCAUAAUGCCUUUGAGUUUAAACCGGUUUCAAAGUUACAUAAAAAAUUGAUUUUCGGACAUGUUUUUUAAGGACCAUUGCACACUGUGAAGAAAAGUUGUAACUCUAGUUAUGUAUAUUUAUGGUAUAAACCGUAAACAAGUAAAAGGGCAAGAUGUGGUCAAUUUAGUUGAAUCAGGUGUCAUGUCCUUUACUCUUUUACUAAGCUCCUUAUUUUAUCGAACCAGUGAUACAUCUUAUUCAAGCUAGUCAACAUCAUGUUCCCAUAUUUUCUCACACUUGCUGCGACAACCAUAGCAUUUCUUCCCUAUAAACAACAAGACCCUUCAUCCGCCCAACUCCCCACGUGGGGAGCGACCCACCCCGGAGGAAAUCUUCGCAAGGCGACAAAUGGGGCAGGAAAUCCCCUUCCUAGUGGAAUAUCCUCCCUCGCAGUCCAACCAGCCGGCCCCCUUCUCAUGGAUCCCGUCCUCAUCAACAAGUUGGCCAGCUUCGUCAGAGAACGAAUACCUCCAAGAGUAGUCCAUCCCUUGGGUUUCGGUGCCUUUGGUACUUUCGUUGUGACCAAUGACGUCACUGCUUUUACGGCUGCUCGCGUUUUCAAUCAGGUUGGCAAAGAGACGCCCGUUUUAGUGAGGUUUUCAAAAGUGAACGCAAAAGCUGGUACUCCUGAAACUACUCGAGAUCAGAAAGGUUUCGCCGUCCGCCUCUACACCAGCGAAGAUGGAAACCUGGACUUUGCAGGGGUUGUUACGAACGUCUUUCACAUUAGUGAUCCCAUGCUGUUUCCAGAAGUUAAUCGUGCCUCAUUCGUGAAUCCUGUCACCAAUCAGCCGGAUCAUAAUAUGAUAUUUGAUUUUCAAAGCCUGCGCCCAGAAACUACACAGCGUUACAUUAAACUUCUUUCAGACAAUUUAUUCGCUCCCGGCUCCAUGAGAAGCUUGAACGGACAUGCAGUAAACAUUUUCCUCUGCACGAACAACGCCGGGGUCAGUGUGUACUGCAAAUUUGGCUGGAAAGCGCUCCAAAAAAUUGCCCCUUUGACGGAUAAGGCUGCGAUCUCACUCGCUGGAACUGAACCUGGGUACUACACAAAGGAUCUCUACAACGCCAUCGAUUCAGGAAACUAUCCCCGCUGGGCGUUUGGUAUGAAGAUUCUGACCUUUGAUCGAGUGAAUACGCUAUCCUUCAAUCCCUUCGAUAUUACUAAGGCGUGGCUAGAGGAUGAAUUUCCAUUCAUACCGAUCGGAGAGUUUGUUUUAAACCGAAAUGUAGCCAAUUAUUUCGCCGAGAUUGAACAAGCCGGCUUCGACCCGGCCAACCUAGUUCCUGGCAUAUCCCCCAACACGCCCGACAUCAUGUUGGCCGCUAGAUUAUUUUCGUACAAGGACAGUCAGCGCUAUAGGUUGGGACCUAAUUUUGAAGAAAUUCAAGUGAACCGACCCAUCUCACCGGUUUCCAAAUACGAGCGGGACGGACCAAUUCGUACUUCCGCUGCCUCCAACGGACUCGGUGACCCCGUCUACUACCCGAAUUCCUUCAAUGGUCCUGGCAUUGAUGAAUUCGCAGCCCGUUUGGAUGUCCCCGGUUUUGCGAACGGCCCAAUCUCGAGGCAAGAUCGUGUGGUGGAUAAUUUCAGCCAGGUGAUCAGAUAUUUACAGACAGAAGUUUCACCAGCAGAAAUGGAACGCAUAGCACGACGCGUUGCAACGGAUUUGAUAUCCAUUCAAGAUCAAGGGGUGCGUGGGAGGUUCUUCAAGAACUGCAUUUAUCCGUUGGGGGCCCCAUUUUCAGAUAUGGUACUUUAUUACUAUGGGACGCUGACGGAUGGAGUGGGCAGAGAUUUAGAGUCGCUAUAGUCUGUAAUUGUUGUGCUUUUAAGCAAUUUUAAUUUUAUAUUUAUUCAUAAGUAUGCAAAUAAAAUCAUGUAUCAGUA